ACAUGUCUGGUCGCGGUAAAGGUAAAGCUAAGGGCACCAAGUCCAAGAGCCGCUCAUCACGAGCAGGGCUUCAAUUUCCUGUAGGUCGAAUCCACCGUCUUCUCCGCAAAGGCAAUUACGCUGAGCGAGUUGGUGCCGGUGCUCCAGUGUACUUGGCUGCUGUGCUUGAAUAUUUGAGCGCUGAGAUUCUUGAGUUGGCGGGCAACGCUGCUCGUGACAACAAGAAGACAAGAAUCAUUCCCCGUCACCUUCAGCUGGCUGUGCGUAAUGACGAAGAGUUGAACAAACUGCUGGCUGGUGUCACCAUUGCACAAGGAGGUGUUCUUCCGAACAUCCAGGCUGUGCUUCUGCCCAAGAAGACCGAGAAAAAACCUAAGGCUUAAAUCAACUUCAACCUUAAAAAACGGCUCUUUUAGGAGCCACCACAUAAUACAAAAGUCUUGACCAACGAGACAAGUCGCUAACCUAUUCAACAACAACAAAAUCAAAUAUAAUAUCACUUCGAUACUUUUACGCGCUAGUUUCCGCUAACGGGCUGGUAUUUUUAGAGCCCUUGAAUUUGGAUGAGGGAAAAAUCAAGUUUAUUACUGGGUUCGUUUAAAUGUACGCUUAAAAGAUCAGUGAAAUUUUGCUUAUAAAUAAAUAAAAAGGAAAUCAUGGUUUGGAAUUUCAUUGCCUCGAACGAUUUCGGCUCCCGCACCUCAAUCAUUAGCAGGCUCAAAAGUCGCGCCAU